CGAUGGCAGCGAAACACAAAACGUUCGACGACUCAGAGGCAGCGCCUACAAACGCGGAGAUUGAUGCAUUCACACCAGCGAUCAAGCCAGAAUUGCAGUACGAAGAUAGCGAGAGCAGCGACGACGACGACGAUCAGCCAGUCGAAGCCGUUUCUACUAAGCUAUCGUCUAUCGACCACCUUCGCCUUUCUAGAGAACAUGAAGAGCGCAGGAAGACAGAGCAGCGAAAACUUAAAAAUCAGCGCCAGACACUCAGGAAGCAACUUAAAGAAGAGAAGAGACGUAGGGAUGAUGCUAUAGAAGCAUCUACCAGUCUGGCCACACAGCAGUCAGACGAGAGCAGCGACGAAGAGCUCCCAGAUAGGCUACCAACUGAUAUUCUCGAAGAAGCAGCCCGUUAUGUCCCAAAAUCACAAAGAAAAGAUGAAGAAGAAGUCUCUCAACCGCGUAAAAAGUCUAGAAAAUCACGUAAGGAGCAAAUAAUCGGCAACAAACUCAUCAAAUUGACGCAAUCUUCGAUUUCUACCAACCGAGCUGACGGCUUGCUUGGUGACGGCACAGGGAAGACACUCAAGAAGUACAACAAAGACAUGCUAAAUCGCAAGCGCAGAGACAUCAGGAAACCAGCCCAUAUCACACACGCCAAGAGCCGUUCUGGUUUCAGACCAGCAUUGCAAUUUGCAAAAUCAGAACAAGAAUAAAUAGUGUACAUUAACAGUCCAUAUAAAUUAAUUUAGAGAAUCGA